AUUACGUACAUUUAUAGGUAAAUAGUGAUAUUUAAAAUACUCAGUUACAAUAAAAUUUAAUUUCGGCUAAUUCUUAUGUAACUGUGUAGAAAGCCAUGUUACAUAGCGAGAGUCAAAUGAAAAUAAAAAUGGUUCUUUUAGCUUAAAACAAAACACAUGAAAAGAAAAAUGAGAAAAAAAACCAAACAUUUCUAUUGUAAUAAAGGGAAAAAAUGAAAAAGAAAGAGAGAAAAACAAACAGAAACAUAAGUACUGAAAUGUGGAAGAAACGGGAGUGAUAAUGAAUAAUAAAAUAUAUUUGUGUACGGAAUAUGGUAGCUUUAUUCUAAUAUUGAAAGUUUUUAGUUUCGAUUAAAAAUUCAAUUAAAUGAUAAAACAAUUGAAUGGUUGAUUUUAUAACAAAAUUCAAAAAAAGAAAAAAAUGAAUGAAGUGAAAUUUGUAACUCAAAUAUUUAAGGGAUUUUUAUUUGAGUGAUAGAAAUAUCUCAACAAAUAUAAUAGUAUCGGAUUUUAACUAAUUGAAAUGUGUGAUGCUGUGCUUUUAUUGAAUAUAUUUGUGCAAUAUCUAUAUUCUUAAUUAACAAUCCAUAUCAAUUAUCUUGAAUAUACAUCAAAACUAUGUCUCUUCUUAGCAUUACAGUGAAAAAAGCACAAUACAAUGGCAUCCAAGCACAACAAUUGAGUACUUAUGUAACUUUGAAAUUGAAAAACGUCAAGUCGACAACUGUAACUGUAAAAGGACUGAACCCUUGCUGGGAACAAGAUUUUCUUUUUGAAAUUAAUGACCUCAAUACUGGUCUAUUGAUCGAAGUUUGGUCGAAAGGUAUGCUAUGGGACCGAGCUCUGGGUUAUCAUUACAUGAUACUUCCAAAAGUAUCUUACUCCAAUGAGAGUUUUUCCGAAAAAUGGAUAAGUCUUGAUUCAGAAUUAGAAAUGAAAGGUAAUGAUGUAGUUGGUACUAAGUGUUCAACUGGACAUAUACUUCUCAUAGACUGCCGUUUUGAGAUACCUUUCGAUUUAGAAAAUAUCAAAGCUUCUGACUUGCAAUGCAAAUUAGAAAUAUUGAAUAAUACGAUAGAUCAAGGAGCUGGAAUGGAACAAGGACAACGUCAGAUAUUAUAUAAUACUAGGCACUCAGGUUAUUCCGAAGAUUCAGAUUAUACGUCAGAUUUUAAUUAUCCAGUUGCAGGACAAUGUCCUAACAGUUCUGCGUCACAAUUCUGUCCAGCAGCUAAUCAGUUAAUGAAACCUCAAAGGUCUUUUGAGAUAUCUAGAGAAAACAGUUAUGAACGAGAAGAUCAGCAGAUACCAAUGAAUUUGAAUACACAUACAGUUCAAGAAAACUCUAUUGAAUACAGUCAACCAGAUAUUAGCUUAAGAUAUGACGAAAAUUUUACUGUAAACGAUAUUUUUCAAAAUAAUAGAGUAUAUAUUAAAUCUGAACCUUUGGAACCAUUAUUCUACAACAGUCGACCCCAAUACAUACAAAACGAAUACACAGAAUACAGUAUCAACAGCUGGUCUAAUAAAGAUCAGACUAAUCAGAAAGCAGUAGAACAAAAUAAUAGUAUUUUAUCUAGUAUUGAUGAUUUUUAUGGGACUAAUACUGAAUUAUCUGAAACAAGAUGUCCACGGCGAAAGCCGUCCUUGGAAAGACAACAGACUAUUUAUGAUGAAUAUUUACAUUACAACGAUUCUAAUGAUGAUGUGACAUUCAAUUGUAUUAAUGAGAAAUUUCCUGAAACUCACAGCAAUUUGGAUCAUAUCCCUAAAAAUUCAAGAUAUAUUCAAGUUGACGAAGACAGACAAUGGGACAGUGGAGGAACAUUGUACGCAAGCUAUAAUAUAUUUCAUGGAAAUCAACAGAAUAAAAAAUCACUUCCACAGCGACCAACUUGUAAUUCAUGUACAACAACUAUAUGUAACUGUAAAAAAAAUACCUACAGUGGAUCUCAUACUCGUCAAAAAGAAUUAUCUGACUGUAUGCACGAAAUUAUUAAUUACACAGAAUAUACAGCAAAAAAACUGCCACUCACUCCAACCAAAUUUUAUGAUAUAGUUGGAGUGAAAAAUAAUGAAAUCAGUUCAAUAUCAGGAAGACAACUGCCAGUUUUGGAGACACAUUCACAACAAAAUUAUUGUAACAAUUCAAUUUAUGUAUCAUAUAACUAUGAUGAAAAUUAUGAAAACAGUUUAUCUAAAAAUUACGAGGAUAGUAAUAGUUAUGAUGACAUCAAUUUUAGUCCCAUAAACGUUACAAUACCGGUCUCAACACAGCCUUCUUUGGAAAAUACAGAUAAUUUUAACAGUGUAUUAGAACAAAAUAAUUUAGAACAUGUAGCUGAUAAAACGAAAAUCGUUGUAAAUAACGAUAUUAUUGAAAAUUGUACAUAUGUACCUUAUCAUGUGGUAGAUAAACUUUUUUAUCAAAAUUGCUCUGAUAACAUUGAUUUGAAUAAUACAUAUUCAAAUUCAACUUCGUUAUUUGACACUUUUGAAACGAAUCAAGAUAACAUUAUAGAAGGAGUUACAAAAAAACUAUACUACGAAAAUGACAAUGAUAUUCAAUAUUUCGAUCACGACUUAAGCAAUCAAUCAUAUAAUAAUAAACAAUGUUCAGAAAUGUAUUUUCACGAAUCUGAAUACUCAGAAAAAGAUACAUACAAUAAAAAUCGUAUAAGUAGUAAAUCUAUAUAUGAACAAACUCAUGCAAAUAUGAAUUUUUCAGAAAAAUUACAAAUAAAACAUUCACUUGAAGAUGAAGAAUUUAAAGAACAUUUUUCGGCAGAGCAACUUGCAAGCACAUAUUUUGAAGAGCAAUUCAAUGAACCAGCAUCUGGAAAAACUUUUCUGGAAAACGAAGAAUUUUAUGAGUUGCUUGAGUUGAAUGCUGACCGAAAUACGGAAAACGUAAUUUUAACAAAUAAAAUGUAUGAUGAAGGUUCAACAAAUACGAACACUCAUACUUACUUUUUGGAAAACUAUUACAACGAUCAACUAAUGAAAGAACAAAACUUUGUCUUUGCAGAACCUUUUCUGAAUUCAAAUAAAGAAAUUGAUCAUCCAAGAGUCAUUCCAUCUCAUAAUCUCAAGAAUUCAUGUUUUAAGUCACAAGAUUCAAUUGACACUCCUUUUCAUGAUGAUAUAAGUGAAAACAAUAAAUUUUCAGAAGAUAUUCGUAGCAAUGAUUAUGAAUCAUAUGAACAAAAAUUCUCAAAUAUCGAAAAAGUUCAUAAAAAAAAUUCUUUCAAAAUACAAGUCACAAAACAAAUGGAUAGCACGGAACAAAUUAGAAUCGAUGAUUUAGAAUUUCCCAAUUCCGAUUAUAAAGAUCUAGUUAUGUCUACAAAUGAAACAAAAUUACAUAUUAAAAAUACUAACAACAAGUCAUUUGAGUCCACACUAAAAGAAAAUGAAAGUUUUAAUGCAAAUAUUGAAGAAAAUUAUAUUGACUCUUCUGAAUUUGAAAAUAAUGAUCUUCUUGAAAAUGUAUACGGAGUAGAAAAUGUUUCUUCCAAUGAUACUGAACGUAGAAAACUACCUGAGGCAUAUUUAACAAGGACCUCUAAUAGUUCAAGUCCGAUUCUAAUUGCUUUAAGUAGUUUCUCCAAAACUCAUAUUCAGCCAGUUGUUUCAAAAGCUAAUGAUAUGAUUAAUCGAAUAAGUACUGCAGCAAUUAAAGAUUCCUCGGCAAUUUGCACAAAUAUGGAAGAUAAUAGUCGAUUGAUAAAUGAUGAAUUGAACCCAGUAGAACUAAUGGAGGAUGAGAAUUUUGCUGAUAGUCGACCUGAAAAAUAUAAGAGAAAAGACUCGGAACAUUCUCACUACAGUUACCAAAGUCGUUUGAGUGAUAAUUCCAUGUGUAAUUCUGAAUUACAGAAGUUCCAUCGAGAAAAUUCAUGUGAUUAUGAAUAUAAUUUUGAUGAUUCUCGUAAUAAAAGAGAUUCAUAUGUUCAAAUAAAUAGAAAUGACUCAUUUAUUACGGACGAUAAUGAUCAACCUUUACUCAUUCGAUCAGAUUCUUUAAGAUCUACAGAGCAUAGAAGAAAAAGUUACGGAAAAAAUUGUUCUGCACCACAACCAAUUUCUAGAGCUGAAAGUUAUCAAAGGGGAUAUUUUAAUGAUCAAGAAGCAGUAGAUCGCACAGAAAUCAUUUUGGGAAGUGCUACUAAUAGCGAGUAUAUAAUGUUUGACGAUUCACUAGACAGAUAUGAGAAUGGAGAAGAGGCUGUAAUCAAAAAGUCAAGAGAUGAUUCCUUGAUUGACCGUAUAAUAUCAGAUAGUCCCAGAAACAGUAUUCAAAAACAAACGUCGUUAGAUGAAAGUGUGCAAAUGGAUACUCCACCACGAAGCCCUCCAGAACCACCUGCAGAUGAAGAAAUCCUUAAGUUAGUGCAAUCUCCAUCUAUUUCACUAAAAGAUCGAGCGAAAAUGACUCCAAAGCAAAAAUGGCAUGUUGCUUAUAAUAAAAUUAUAAUACAACUUAAUAAUGGUAGUACUUCUUGUGGCGAAGUUGGGAGUCGAGUUAAUGGGCAUAUUGGCGAAAUUACUUUCUACAGUAACAUUGACAGUAUGCCAGAUAUUCGACCAAGAAGGAAAUCUGUGCCUUUAGUUUCUGAGCUGGAAUGA